AUGUAUGCAAAUGGUGUUUUGAGAAGGUGUGGGGGUUUGAGCGAGGUUGGUCGGGCCAUGCUCCGUGUGGUUGGUCGCUCUUUUUCAAUGGGCACUGGCAUAAAAGUGUAAGAUCGCUCAGCGAACCGCACCAAAGCACACGGCCGUGUAGUAAUCGCUCAUCGUUCAUCCGUCUACACUCAUUUUGUGACAACAUUUUUUUUUUCAUCCAGCGCUGUCCUCCCCGUUCCAACGCCAGCAAAGCCCGGGGCUAAACUCUGUACUAUCAGGCCUCGUACACAUGUUUUCCCUCUCUUUCCUACAACACGGACUAACACUUCUUUUCGCGGUAAUAAAUCAAGAAUUUCAAUACACUACAUUUUGGACUCAUUAGAUUCGCAAAAAUAAAAAUAAUAAAUUUCAUCGUUGUUUAUACUAUUCCAUUGAUGAAGCUCUGAUUUUUUUUAAUUCAUCCGCAAUUAGACUGAAAUAUUGCUUCUUCAGAAAUAUUUCUAUUUUGUUGGACUUUGAUCGGGAAAGGUGGAAACAUUCAUUCCCUUACAAGAAAUGUCACAACACGGUUUAGGGGACCCGCAACCGGUGGCGGUACAGCCGGGCAACAACCAACAACAAAUGGACCAGAACGGUGCGAGUAAACCCAAGAAAAGCAGCCGUUCACGAGAUCUCGAGUGGGGUAGCAUCGAAGGGGGAAAAGGACACAGCGGAGUAAACCAACUUGGAGGUGUCUUCGUGAACGGGCGUCCACUCCCGGACUCAACCCGACAGAAGAUAGUGGAGCUCGCUCACAGUGGCGCCCGCCCCUGCGAUAUAUCCCGCAUACUCCAGGUUUCCAAUGGUUGUGUGUCGAAGAUUCUCGGGCGCUACUACGAGACGGGGAGCAUACGUCCCCGGGCCAUCGGCGGCAGCAAGCCUCGAGUAGCCACCCCUCACGUCGUCACGCGGAUCGCUCACUACAAAAGAGAAUGUCCGUCGAUUUUCGCAUGGGAAAUCCGGGACCGACUUCUCGCCGAAAAGAUAUGCAAUCAAGAAAACAUUCCAAGCGUGUCAUCCAUAAAUCGAGUGUUACGCAAUCUUGCUGCAGAGAAAACUAUGGGUCACGGGGACAUGUUCGACAAACUGCGCAUGCUCAAUGGUCAGUGGGCGCGGUCGGGGCCAUGGUACGCUCCUAAUGUAAAUGCUGCUAUGCCAGGUCAACCUCUGGGUCAUCAUACUAUGGAGCCUUUCAAGAAAGAAGGUGAGCAUGAAGCAAAAGCAGAAGAUGACGAAGAUGCCCAAGCUAGAUUACGGUUGAAAAGAAAACUACAAAGAAACCGCACUUCAUUUACUGCUCAACAGAUUGAAGAACUCGAGAAAGAAUUUGAACGAACACAUUACCCAGAUGUCUUUGCGCGAGAGAGACUGGCACAGAAGAUUGACCUACCGGAAGCAAGAAUACAGGUGUGGUUCUCCAAUCGCCGUGCAAAAUGGCGUCGAGAGGAGAAAUUACGCAAUCAGAGGAGACAGCAGGCCGAGGUGGGUGGGGUCCAUACACAGUCUUCCAGUCAUCUACCGUUAAGUAGUGGUUACAGUAGCAACAAUGUUAGUGUUUAUCAGCCAAUCCCACAACCCUCCGCUGCUACCAUGGUACCAAGAACCGCACCAGACACAUACAGUGCCAUCCCUCCCAUGCCGAGUUUCUCGAUGGCUUCAGGUCCAAACAUCGGCAUGCAGCCUCGGGAAACCAGCUCUUACACGAGAAUGUUACAUCAACCAAGCCAUGGAUACGACUCACUCUACUCGGCCCCACCUAACCACCAUACUAUGACGUCACAUGGCCACGCCCCCACCCAUCAUGCAAUGCACCAGCCUCAUAUGAACAGCGCUUGCAAUAACGGUUUGAUCUCACCUGGCGUGUCCGUACCGGUACAGGUGCCUGGUUCUUCUCCCGCUGAUACCCACCCGUCUCACCAAUACUGGCCACGCAUCCAGUAGUCCUGAAAAACUAGUACCACUCUCCCGAACCACGAGAUAGGGGGAGGAAUAAAAACUCUCGGAAAUAUCGCCACCGUCGGUCAAAAUGAUACUGAUGCACAAUCGGAUUUGCAGGGUACUUGUAUAGCACAAAAACAUUGUAACAGUAUUUUACAAUGGGUUUUCAUCGUAUACAAUUAUUAGAAUAGAUAUAUACCAGUCCUUUUUCAGAAGCGGGCUGUUUAAGUCUGAGUCUGAUUAAACUUUUCAGAUUCUGCACUGCCCCUCUACCUCUUAUGUAAUGGUUGUUAACGGCAACGAUCUGAAAUGCAUGAGUCUUGCCCUAAAUAUUUUUUUAUAUGAAUGAAACCUGCAUUCAACUUUCACAAAGAAAAGGUCAUAAAUAUUAAACAAUGACCUAAUUAAUCAUGAUUGAUUAACCAUAAUAGAAAAAGAUUCAAAAGAUUUGGGAUAAAAAUCUGUACAUAACUUACCAUAUUCCCCUUUCAGCGAUAUCAUGGAACAUUGUUGAUGAAAUGAACGUGUAUCACAUACGUUGGUAAUUGCUAAUUAGGCAAGCAGCUGUAAUUAUGUCACACAGAUAAUAAUAUAUUUGCUUCAAAAAGUGAAUUGCAAUUGAGAAUGAAAAUUCACCCAGAGAAGAAAAUAUUAUAUAUUUCGAUAGUAUAAUAUUAUAUUUGAAACUCAACUUCUUGGCCAUGUAAAACCACUUUGUCACUAUUUAAGUCUUAAAUCCUAAAGUGCAUUCACAUCAGAAAGUGUGUGUUUGAUUACGCUGUAUCGUCUUUGAUAUAAUUCAUUGUAAGUAAUUAGUAGAGUAUAUAUAUCUUUUUAGCUUUCCAUACGUUUUCUUUCAAUCUUAAACUGUCUGCCAAUGAUUGGUCAGAUUUAACCAAUUGCACUGACGUACAUAUUUGGUCAGUUCUUCAAAAUACUUUCAUUUCAACGUUGAAUUUGACAGCGCCACAAACAAAACGGAUUAGAAAUAAGCAGAGAUCAGAAAACUGGAUGACUAAAGACAUUAUUUAUCAUAUUCGUGAAAGAAAUGUGGCUUAUCAAAAAAUAUGAAGAAAAAUUUCAGCCAUAAGGAUUAUGACACGCUCUCAAAUUAAGAGAUACAAGAAAUUACGAAAUGGUUAGUAUCCUCAUAGCAUUUGAUUUAGUUAACGCUAGCUCAUUAUAUUAAGCAAAGCUACGGUCAGACCUGCAAAACUAAGUACAGUCGACAAAAGAUAUGACGUUAUUACCAAUGACAGACCAUUCAUCGUUUUGGAAUUGGUUUUGUCGGUGUGCACUGGCAUAAGACCGCACAUUGAUAGGGUGUCCGUUUAUAACUCGGUUACCAAACUGGAGCAACACUGCAAGAUUUGGACACCCUCUACGUUCGUUGUCAGUCGCACAGUUUCCGCGGGCCGUCGCAGAAAGUGUUGUCCUCAAAUGAGACUCAAAAAAUCAAGCGCAAAUCUCAACCCAUUUUGAUUGGUUGAAAAGAGGUUACGUUCGAUAUCUUAACUUGCGUUUGAUUUCAACGCUUUCUGCAAUGGGCGCCUGAUCAUUUUAAUCAUGUAGUUAACAGGCGUAAAUUUUCUCCAAAUUAAAUGAAAGCAGAAAUUUUAUACCAGUAUGAUAUUUCAAUGAAAAUCCUGUCAAACUAUUGCAGUGAAUACAUAAGACCUAGCAUUUCAUAGAAGUGUGUACUUAGAUUUCUAUUAAAUCUGGACUUGAACCACGGUUAAAUAUUGAGAAUAUUAUGUUCAAAUAUUAAAAUUAAGCAAAGCACCUAUUACGAAUCAAGUAUGCCUUAAGAAUGGCAUACCCUAUGUUGUGACCGGUGUGUUAAGUCAUGAUUAAGUACUCACCAUAAUGAAACAUUAUUAAUAUUUAGCAUAUUUUAUAUACUCAUGAUUUAUUUAUCACAUUUAAAGCGUAGCCUUUAUCAUCUGCUUUGAGUCUUUUUGGGGGGCGAGAUUUUCCGACAGUUAGCUAGAGAAGAGAGCAUAGAUUUUAUACUCAAUGAUUAAUUUUGCUUUUUAAUAUGAAACACGAAGUUUUCCACAGUAUUGAAAACUUAUAGUCAGAACAUGCUUCGAUUUAGACGUGAACUACGCAAUACUUUAGACUUUGAUUAUACAAAUUAUUUUUAUUUCUACCUCUGUGAAUAACUAUUUGAUUUUAUGCAUCAGUGCACUUUUUAUGACGUCACGUGUUCCACUUUUUUCUGUGAUAAUACACAAGGUUUUAAUCUAUGAACUAAAAACAAAUUUUCUCUCACGCAGUCUUGUCAUUUUUAUGAUAAGUCCCAUAUAAAACGGGAUAUUGUCCUUGAUAUAUUUAUCACCGACAAUGAAACAUAUUCAUUGAAGUGCUGAUCGGCACAUAACUUUUCUACUAAUUUGCACCAUGGAAUAUUAUGAAAUUUGGUUUGGAAAUUGACGAAAUGAAUGCCUAUAUUUUAAUACACUAUAAUUCGGAUAAAUCCGUUUGCUUAGGUCCGGUUCGUUCUUUCGAGCUGGUUUGAUUUGAUUAGUCUAUUCGAUAAACGAUCGUACACUCUAACAAAAGAAAUCAGGCAAAAUGACUAGUUAAUAGGGUCAGCUGGGUCCAACUGUUAUUCUGGUCGUAUUUACGUAUUUUCCAAUCGUAUUUCAAUAGAAUUGAGUUAAUUCUGACUAGAAUGUGUGUCAGAAAUGUAACUAGACAAUCGGUUGCACCCAGCUGACUCCUGAUCUAGUCAAUUUGACUAAUUUGUUUUAAGAGUAUACAGUUCUAUAAAAUAAAGGUCACAAGUAUUUCCAUCAACAUCAAGACUAUUCCAUUACCCAAUUAUUUUGCGGUCCGAGUCAAUGUGACAUUCAAA